CUUCCUUUAUUCUUCUACAAGCCAUAUUUGGCGGCGAUUUCUCCAAUCUCCAACUUGUUUCUUUGAAGGAUCAACAGAAAAAUCCCUCACCAUUUCAUCAGCUCCUCUUCCAUUAGACGUUUUCAUUUCCCUCUCUUUCUCUGUAUCUAACUCGCAUUUUAGCAAAUGGCGCAAGUGGCCACUAGAUCGAUUCACGGCUCAUUCUUGAGCCAAGGCUCUGGAUCCGUUCGCGAGCGAACGGCCAAGCUUAAGCCUGCGAGCUUCGCUUCGAAGGUGCUGGCACGUGACGAGAAGAGGAGCAAGGGAGUCGUCAUUAGGAGUAACUCUCGGAUUACUGCUAAGAGAGCCGUACGCGUUGAGCCUGAAGUUAUUCCCGUAUCGCCGGAGGAUGUACCGAAGAGAGAGGAGCAAUAUGAGCAAUUAAGGGGGAUUCAACAACUUGGUGACACAUCAGUGGCUAUGUGGUCAAAACCUAUUGUUAGACGUAAAACAAAGAUUGUUUGCACUAUUGGUCCUUCAACAAACACACGAGAAAUGAUUCGGAAAUUGGCUGAGACUGGAAUGAAUGUUGCUCGUUUGAAUAUGUCUCAUGGAGACCAUGCAUCUCAUCAGAAAGCUAUUGAUUUAGUUAAGGAAUAUAAUGCACAAUCCAAAGACGACACUAUCGCAAUCAUGCUUGACACCAAGCUUUAA